UUCAGAAAACAGGAGCUCUCGUGUGUCACGUGACGGUGACGUCAGUCGCUUUGCGUUACUGUGCGCCACUGAUGCAGGGGGAUCCAUCAUGGCGUCGAUGCAGAAAAGGUUACAGAAAGAACUGCUAGCCUUGCAGAAUGAUCCACCCCCUGGAAUGACCCUAAAUGAGAAGAGCGUACAGAACACCAUCACACAAUGGAUUGUGGAUAUGGAAGGAGCAUCUGGUACUCUUUAUGAAGGGGAGAAAUUUCAGCUUCUAUUUAAAUUUAGUGGUCGUUAUCCUUUUGACUCGCCUCAGGUAAUGUUCACAGGAGACAAUAUACCUGUCCAUCCCCAUGUUUAUAGCAAUGGCCACAUCUGCCUGUCCAUCUUAACGGAGGAUUGGUCACCAGCUCUUUCGGUGCAGUCUGUUUGUCUUAGCAUUAUUAGCAUGUUGUCUAGCUGCAAAGAGAAGCGGCGGCCACCUGACAACUCCUUUUAUGUACGUACAUGUAAUAAAAAUCCAAAGAAGACAAAAUGGUGGUAUCACGAUGAUACCUGUUAAUAUGAACUUUCUAGAACUCCCAGAGGGAAGAAGUCCUACUGACCUAUAAAAGCACUUUUUUUAAAAUCAUAUGGUCUUUGAACUUUAACCUUGGACUCAAACUCAAGCAUGGACUCAGACCACAAACAUGGGAGAUGAUGUCAGCUGUGUUACCGGUAACCAGUUGGAUGCAUGUUUAGGGGAGAAUAAAAAAACGAUGAAGAAUGGAAAUACAUUUUAGAGAGGAUGGAAACGGACCCAUCGUUUGUUUGGUGUGGAGAACUUUAAAUUUAUCCAGGAAGAGUGAAUUUUUUUCAUAGUGAGAUUAUUGUUGUCGUCUUGGAUCACACAUGUUCCUGUUCUGAUUCAUCAUUGGUAUAUUUUAAGGUCCAUGUGUCACGUGCAAUAACAAGAAUGGGUGCAUAGCAGGGCCAAUAGAAAAUCCAAAUCAUUGUAGAAAUCCAAAACAAAUCUGGAUAAGAUUGUAAUGUCCCUUUGACAUUUCCCUUUGGAAAUGAUGUGCACUGUGAAACAAUCUAAGAAAAGGACCGUUUAUUGUUAUGCAGUUCUAUUGAUGGCGAGCCAUUCCAGCAGGGAGAAUUUGGAUGCUCCACUGUAAAUAGUUUAAUUAUCUCCAGUUCUGACAUCACUGCAUAUGGAUUUCAUUAUCACUUAUGGUUGUUGGAAUUAUAUUUGGUCUGCAUGAGCGUUAGAAUCAAUCCUGACCAUCCAUAACUCAUAUUUACCUCUACCAAGUCAUAUGGGAUGGAACCAGUGUUCUGUGUAGUUUUGGCAUUAAAGCUAAGCUAGGUAACCCAAUAUAUUGAAUGUUGGCAAGAACGUUCGGUUUUCUUAUUUGUAUAAAAUGUUUUGUAUUGAGAUGUAAGCUCAAAUCUCUUUAAACUAUUCCAUCUUUAAAGUUUUCUUCCACAUGCUUUUACUUUUUUCGUGCAAGUAAUGAAAAAGAGUUGACGAAUGGCAGUAUGUUUGGGAGUGUAUGUCUUAUUUAAUUCUGGGUACUUUAUUUUCUGUAACCUCAGAUGGUUUGGAAGUUAUUGUGGUUUGUAUAUUCUCAAGAUAAUUGAUUAUCCUGGUCAUACUUGUCUGGCUCAGGUCAUUUUUUUUUUUCAAGAAAAAUCACAAAUAUUCCGAAAUAUUUUCCAUUCGCUUAUAUUUUCCAUUAAAGGACUGUUACAUAGUUUAAUAAAAAUGUAUGCAUAAUAUUACUCUUAAAAGUGAUGUUAACUAAACUGGCAGCAUGGUCUACAUGUAGAUAGACAAGUCAUAUAAAUGCAGAGCACAUAUUUGAUAAUAUUUGGAUCCUGCAAUUUUCCCGCAAAGAUUAGUGUUACUAGGGUCAAAAGAUUAUCAGUAGUUUGACAUUUGUCAUCUAGAAUAAUAAUAAUUAAUAAUAAAGAAAAUCUUCUGUCCACAAGUUAUAUAUGUUUGAUGUUAAGGUUUUAUUUUACACUAUUGAAUAACUUCAUACACUCCAAAGAUGUAUUUUUUAGCCAUGAUGUAUUCAGAAAUACUUGAAUAUUCCAAACCUGGUUGGCUUGUCUUCUUUCCCAUUGUCGGUGAUACUUCCAAGUGAAUGUGUUGGAGUAGAAAAAAAAUGGAGAUGGCCAUGAUUCUUCCCUCUGCACACAAUAUCAGGAUACUUUAUUUUGUGUUAACACAUGUAAUUGUCCUUACUACUGAAAGAAAAUGUGUGACAAUAGGGCUAAACUUGAAUGUGUGAUUGGUGGUUGAGAAUUAUAUUGGACACCUGUCAACAUUUGAAAGGAUGCCAAUAAAUGUACACGGUUAAGUCUAAACUUUUUUUUUCGUUUUGUUAAAAAAGGGUUCUAAUAAAAUUUUGGGUCGCAAGUUAUAGGAUGUAAUAGGAGUUAUUGUUUUUCUUAUUCUUUUUUUUUUGGUAUGUACAAAUUAUGUAAGUUGUCCCUUUUAAUUUAAAAAUAAAAAUACAGGUUUUGA